AUGUCGGCCGCUACGGCGACACCGUCUGCCGUCCCAGACGAGCACGCGAUCCAGCCCAUCCCAACGGUGUGGGAUAUGGUUGUUGCUAAGGACUUCUUUUCCAUCGAAGUCAAGAUGGUCCUCAGCGCCAUUCUAAUCAUCUAUGUCGGUGCACACGCCUCACUUCGCAGACCUCCAUCCGCGGCACCGCCCACCAAGCUGAAGAGGAAGGGCGGCAAGCUCGUCGUCGACGACGAGAAGGAGCACUUUGCCCAGGGCUUCCAGGCCACCGACGCCAUCGUUUUCCCCUUCAUCGCCGCUGCUGUCCUCAUCGGGCUGUACUACCUCAUCAAGUGGCUCCAAGACCCCGCCAUCCUCAACAUGAUCCUGAGGCUCUACAUGGCCAUGACCGGCAUCCUGUCCAUCGGGGUCUUCUUUGGGGAUAUCUUCCAGUUCGUUUUGAAUAUCGUCUCGCCCGACUACUGGGCCGACCGUAGCGGGCGGGUCUUCGAGAUCGAUCCAGCGAGCCGCACCCAAAAACUCCUGAAGGCACCACAGGAGGACGGCUCAGAGAAAGAGGCCGACCCUGGAAAGCGCCUGCCCCUUCCUGGAUUUGCCUCGGAACUGAAUGUGCCUACUUCUAUCAGCAAGGCGGCUUGGGGGCUUCGGCACUUUCUGAAAGAAAGCUGCGUCUUGAAGAUAAAAGUCCCUGGCGACGGCUUCACAGGAGAUAUCAAGAUCACAAGUAUCAUCGGUUUCGGACUCGGAUGUGCUGUCGAGGCACUGUACUUAUACACAGAAUCAUCAAUCCUGUCCAACAUCAUCGGCCUAUCAGUCUGCUACAUGGCUUUCAACUGGAUGUCUGUGACUUCAUUCUCCAUUGGGACCAUGGUUCUAGUGGGACUGUUCUUCUACGACAUUGUCAUGGUGUUCUACACGCCCUUCAUGGUGGCAGUCGCGACGCAAGUCGAUGCGCCGCUGAAGCUGACGUACGAGACCUCAGGCGGGAGAAGCAGCCUUCUCGGCCUCGGCGACAUUGUCAUCCCAGGCAUUUUCAUCUGCCUGGCGCUGCGAUUCGACCUGUGGAGACAUUACCAACGCAAGGCCACGCGCGUAGAAGAGGAUCUCAAGACGGUCACCAAGGAAGACAACGAGGGCGAAUCGAUUGCGGGGAACACGACCGCGGGCGAAAUUACCACGGUCAAAACGGCAUACCGCACCGUCAAAGCACCAUUUGUCGACCCGCGCGGCCAGUGGGGCAACUUCCUCUGGACCACGAGCCCGCGGGACCUCGUCUCCGGACGACCCACCGUCAAAGCCCUCUCUGACGCCGACUUUCCAAAGACGUACUUCCGCGUCACCCUCCUGGGCUAUCUGAUUGGCAUGCUCGCGACCCUGGUUGUGCUGGUGAUAUUCAAGCACGGCCAGCCUGCUCUGUUGUAUCUUGUGCCCGGCGUGGCUGGGUCCGCUUGGCUGACAGGCCUGAUCAGGGGUGACCUCAAGGAUAUGUGGGAAUACACCGAGGACGGAAGCCUAGACGUGGAGGAUGUUGUGGUCGAGGUUGACGGCGAGGGUAAUGUCAUCGAGAAGACGAAGAAGACGGCAGACGCGACGAAGGACGCUGCCAAGAGCAAGGAUGAGGAGAAAGGCAAGAAGGAUAAGGAGAAUGCGGAAAAGGACAAGAGCGAUUAUGAGCUGUUUGUUUUCUCCAUCACCGUGCCUAAGGAGACGAGCCUGAAGGAGGACUAG